ACUUUACCAAGAAGACAUUGGAAUAAGGAAUUCAUUAAACACAAAGAACACAUUUUCAUCGGAUAUCUUAAACCACAGUAAAGAAUCAAACCUUAGAGUAUCAGACAAUUGUAUACAUAGACAGAGGUGUAUCGUGUGUGUUUUUUUCGAUCGUGAAAAUGACUGGACUACAUCAACAGCUACAACAACAACACCACCAACACCAACUAAAACAUCAAGAACAAGACGAACAACGCAUACUGUUACCUGAUAUAGAUCAGAGUAAUUCAGAUUGUAAUGAAAAUGAUUAUAUGAAUACUGGAAUGUUAAGUAAAAAUUAUACAGAGACUAAAAAACUUCUGUUAAAGGUCAGUAUUAUUAUAGGUAUUAAAAUAAUCACAACAAUAUUGAUUACUGUUAUAUUCAAUAAUGUGACAGCUAUCAAAACUGUACUAAAUGAACAUCCAUGGAUAUCACCGGUGUUUGGUAUACAGGCUUUACUUUUCGGUGGACUACUCUUCUUUGUACCGAAUUCAUUGACCAGUAAACCAUGGAAUUAUAUUCUCCUCUCAUUGAUUGCACUGACGUCUGGUAUUGUAAUAUCAACAUUUGCCAUUCUUCCAUCAACUACCUGGUCAAUGUUAUCCUGGAUUAUCGCCAGUAUCCUGUUCGGUGUAUUCUUCAUUGCUGGUUUAAAGCUACAAUUUGAUUUAACAAGAUACUGGCAUUUAAUUAUUAUUUACGCAUUGAUAAUGAUGUGUUUAGGCUUUAUCAUAUCAGUACUGUUAAAUGAACUGAAGACAGGUCAAGUAGCUAAUCAUAUACUUGGCGCAAUUUACGUUCUUAUAUCUAUUCCUUGUAUUAUCUGUGAAGGUCAAAUGAUGCAAGGCGGGAAAUGUAUUGUAUUUAAAAGAAAACAAUUUGUAUUAGCAUGUUUAAUGUGUUGGUUUACGCUGAUCUGUACAUAUUUUGGAGUGUUGUUUCAACUAUCAGACUAUAAUUUCUUUGUAUCAUAUAUCUCUAACACAUAAUAAUAAUAAUAAUAAUCCGAUAAAUACAUAUAUAUGCUGAUAAGCACCCAGAUUUCAGUAG